CCACUGAUAUGAGGAGGGUCAUGCUUUCAAGAGGGCCUGUCCAUGUGACUGAGUGGUCCUUUUGUUGGUUGGUUGGUUGGUUGGCUGUUGGUUGUUCUCACAUUCACGAGCCCUCCAGAUAUUGUACCUUCACUGGUGGGCUAGGCCAUGGAGCGUGCUAGCGUGCUUGAAGGACCGAGUGUGAGGUACGACAGCUGGUACGUACUCGUUUGCCUUUUGGCCUUGACAGAUCCUCCUUCCCCCACCCGCAAACAAGUCGCAGAGCGCUGGUGCAUACAGUGUCGCUGAAGGCCCGAGUACGUCUGGUGGUGCUCCUUUUCUCGGAUCUUGCUCGAGAAGAUCUUCUGUCAAUGCCAAUGCAAUCCUACCUACUCCUACCACCACUACCACUACUACUUUUACAACAUCAACAGCUACCACAACAUUACCAACAGCACAUCGAAAGGAUCCAGAAGAAGAGGAAACAGGGACGAAAAGAGUCGUCUUCCAUAAUUCAGUCAUCCGCCUCAGAGGUCUUCAGGAUAGAAAGUGGGCCAAGUGUUCCCUGAAGGUCUCUGACAGUUUGGCCCUCGAACUUUCCGUCCCGUGUUGUUCUAGUCGAUCCAUCUGGCAGGACAGAAAGUGUGACUCAUUCUUCUUAGGUUUGGCGUCAAGUGCCACACAGAUUUACUACAGUGACUUGUGAGUUAGUAAUAUAUGUGUGUACCUAGUUGUUGGCUAAUUCGCAGCCGUUCUUCAUUGGAAAUGGGGGUUUGAGAUCCCUCGCAUCGAUGGAACUCUCGCACCAAAUCAAAACAAGCCUGUCCCACCUCCAAUCAACACAUUCUUAGGAUCAACUUCUUCAUUGGGAGGGCGAUACAAAAUGCCCAAUCAAACUUGGCGUGGCGCUGAGUUGGACCCAAAUGGUUGCUUGUCUUUAAGUACCAUCUUACGCAGUUUCAGUGCACCCAUCACGGAGGAACAGGCCUGGGCAAUAGCCUAUCAGGCCCUCAAGUGUUUACAAAACUGUUUGAACUCGUGCCAUCAACUCCUCCUAACGAGUGAUCCAGCUCACUUGCUUAUGCAUUCUGAAGGGUUCGUUCAUCAUCUAACGUUUCAACAGCCCAAGCUGCAGAAUGGAGCAGCCAUCUCCAGACAAGCUCGUCAGCGUGGAAAUCUCAAAUCGGAAAACAAGGCGAUAGCAGAUUUGGCCAUUGUGGUAUAUGCCGCGUUGGACUAUGGACUAAAUCCUAACGAGCAACGAUCUCUCUCUAUGGAUAUGGAGGAUAUUUUGGAGAAGAUGACUUCAGCAGAUGAGCGGCAAUCCGAUGACGAAGGCAUUGAGCAAGAUCAGGCUGAAGAUGAUGACGAAGACGACAACAACGGACACGAUCAGAUCCAACACCGACGUCCAAGAAUUAAAAUCUCCGGAAUGUGUGCAAUCAUGUUGGAGAAAUGCGGCAACCAUUUAUCAGCCACAAGUGAGGCUGAGGAUCAUUUUCGAAAUGUUUGCCGAGCCUUGGUGUCCGAAUCUUUGGAGCUGUCCACGUUCAUGCUGAAAGUGUCGGAAUUCGACGAAGAUCGCGCCAGUGAAUUGAAGGAAUUGGACAUGCAAGAUUGGGCCCGCCUUUGGGUGCAAUGCAUUCGAGAUCUGAGGCACGGCGUCAAACUUAAGAAGACGAAUUACUCGAAAACACCAGUGGAGUUCGAGAUGACACCUUACGAAAUUCUUAUGGAUGACAUUCGAUCACGACGGUACAAAUUGAACAAGAUUAUGGUGGAUGGAGAGAUUCCUCAAAUGGUUAAGAAAGACGCCCACAAUAUCAUUCUGGAGUUCAUUCGCUCUCGACCACCGCUUCGACCCGCAUCAAAACGUGCAAUCCAGCCAACGCGACGUGAAUCCACACCUGUGGAACUGUUGAUGGAAUCCAUCAGGAACUCCAAAGCCAGAUCGUCCUUGAGGAAAACAGCUGGACCCAAACCACGUCGAAAGUUCAUGUCCGUUCAUGAAAGUUCGCGCACGUUUAUUCAAGAUGAUGAUGUGGCCAAUGGGCCCAAAACCCGGUUCAACACCCUUGGCAGCCAAGACAAGCCCGAUGGCCAUCACACCACCCGAAAAAUGAUCCGUGUGGAUCAGAAUGACAUGGACGAGCUUCUCAAUUUCAGCGGAGACGAGACCGAUAUUGAAUCCAUGGGCGGAUUGUCUCGGCAAGUUUCGCGGGAUUCAAGUGUUUCUAAUAGAGAUCUAAGAAUGAUGAACGGGGACAAACACAGCAAAGAUAAACCUGACGUUCCUCAACGGAAUGACAUAUCAAGAGUGGCAAAAGACCUUGCAAUGUAUGGAAAAUCUGAGGAAAUGGACCAACGACGACAUUCGGUGUCCGUAUGUGAGACGCCUGUGAAAAUGCGGACCACGAACCCCCGACGCCAGAAGCUGUUCAUUAAGGCUGAUUCGAGGUCGUCCACGUCAAUUUCAUCUUCUAAUGCAACGACUCCGAGUAGUUCUGGUCGAGCAACUCCCAUUUUUGGGGCUCACACCAACGAAUCUCUUGCCGCACCCUCAGGAGAGGAAACCUUCCUGAGCCCGUCUUAUGGGCUGAACACGGCUCAAAUGCAUGCCAACUUGCAAUCAGAGUUCCUUCAAUCGGUAAGUCAACAUUCGGACAAAGAUUCGACAAUGAAAGAUGCACCAAUUAAGAAGCCGACAAGAAUCAAGUCUUUGCGGCAACCAAAGCUCCAAGUGAAACCUUUGAAGGAUCUUGCGACCAAACCACCUCCCGUUGGUAGCAGUGUUCCAAAUGUUAGUUUAGCCGCGGGAAACGGUAAGAGACGACUAGGCGACAAGGUUGCCAUACCUGUUGUGCGGAAGAAACCGAUCUUUGAAGUUAAACCAAAAACCCCAAUCGUAGCCAAACCAAAAAAUGGUCCACGCGGAACAAGGAUUACUAAACCAACUCAUAAAGAGCCUAUCAAGGACAAAAUAGAGGACGAGAUAAGCGUGGACAAAAAUGUGCCUGAAAAAAAGAGACCAACCUUGAAAGAGCGACUUUUAGCUAAAAGAGGAGCCGAGGGCAAUGAAAUCCCUAAUUUUGAUGCACCCAUCUCGAAAAGUGACGGAAAAGAGCUCGCUCUUAUUCAAGCCACCAUGAUGAUCAGGGGAUUACAAAAAGGACAGUCAUUGUGUGUGGCAUCUUCAACUCUGGAAAGAAACGAUGUCCAAAAGCUAACGGAUAAUUCGCCGGGAAAUCCGCAUCUGCUAACAAAGUCGACCUCACUGAAUGGGCUAUCACCUAGUAAGACGGAAAUGAACCCAAAUUUGAUGCCAUCUAAAAGUUUGACCUGUGUGAAAACCAAAUUGUUUCAAAACUUGCAAGCCAGUUCCAAAGACAAGGCCAUCAACAGCAGCUCUUCAAGUUUAGUCAUUACAACAACAUUCGAGUCGAUCCCCGAGGAUGUAGAAGAAGAUUCCAGUGAUUCCGAUCGAUAUCCGUUAGAGCGGUCGGUUACUCAUGAACCCCAAAAUUCCAGCACUACUUCUUCUGAAGAAACACUAAUUGGACCUCCAAUUAAUGUGCUCAACAAUACAAUUGAGCUUUGCAUCAUCAAUGAGCGUUUGAAAGGACUCUUGAAGUCCCUUGUGCCCUCGUGGAAUGAUGAUAACUUGGAACCAUUCUGUACUAUCAAACAAUGGACGAAAGAGCAUUGGGCUGCAGCUUUAGAGACCUUAGAUCUUAAUCUGGACGAGCUUGUUCAUAUUCGGUCGGUUCUCACAAAGGCUGAACUAGAAAGUCUUCCAUUAGAUGGCACUUUCAAAGAAGAUGUGGAGAAAGGAAAAAUCUGUUUUCUCUGUAUGAAGACCAGGUUUGGCAUCUUUGUAUGGGGAGUUCGGUGUCAGCUCUGCAAGCAACAAGUGUGCAGCAAAUGUAGUUCAAAGAUGAGGAUCCCAUUGGAACAUUUCUCAUCCAUCCCAUCUUUCGCACUUAGUCCCAAAGUUAUGUCUAGUCUAGGACCGGAAAACCAGGUUUCAUCUACCUCUCCCAAUCCCACUUGUCUUAGCAGUGAGGCAAAGCCCCAAAAGAAACCCAUUCGCACCAAAUCUUUCGUACAAACCAUUCGCAACCGAGUUUCCUCCAAUCUUCCGUCCUUGAGAAAUUCUGCCGGGUCCGCCCCGACCUCACCUGAAAUGGGUCGAAAGUCUAGUUCUGGCCCCCCUGCACAUUUUCGAGACCAAAUCCAUGCCUACGGAUCUUUGAACUACCUGAAUGUGCCUGAAGAGGAUGAAUAUGAAGGCAGUGGUUCUGCCAGUUUGCCGGCCAAUGUCUUGGAAGGGACCAAGCGUGUAGGUUCAAAAAAGUCUAAAGAGGAGUCGCUUCAAGGAGCCAUGCUUCAAGUAUGCUCAGAUUGCCGUGAGAUGGUACUCCAAGUGAUACGAGCCCAAAGGACGGCUAAACGAUUUCAAAUGACCAAGAUGAUGUUUGCUAAUGCGCCAAAGUCUACCAUGUAUGCCAAAGACGAAAUAUUUUAAGCUCACCAUUCUCACUGAUCGGAGAUAUAUGCCUCAAUAAUAUCAGGACCAGUUGAGUGGGUCAAUCUAGCUAACUCUGUCUUGCAUCGAAUCAAAUUUCGACCUCUCAUACCAAAAUAUAUUCCAAAGAACAAGUGUCUCCUUCCCAUUAAGAGAAA